AUGCCACCAAAAUUCGACCCAUCUGAGGUGAAGUUCAUCUACUUGAGAGCCGUAGGAGGUGAAGUAGGUGCUUCUUCUGCACUUGCUCCUAAGAUCGGACCUUUGGGUUUGUCUCCUAAGAAGGUCGGUGAAGAUAUCGCCAAGGCCACCAAGGAUUUCAAGGGUAUUAAGGUUACUGUGCAAUUGAGAAUCCAAAACAGACAAGCUACUGCUUCUGUUGUCCCAUCUGCAUCUUCUUUGGUGAUCACCGCCUUGAAGGAGCCAGUUAGAGACAGAAAGAAGGAGAAGAACGUGAAGCACUCUGGUAACAUUCCAUUGGAACAAAUCUUUGAAAUUGCCAGACAGAUGAAAGACAAGUCUUUCGGUAAGAACUUAGCUUCCGUUUCCAAGGAAAUCUUGGGUACUGCUCAAUCUGUUGGAUGCCGUGUCGAAGGUAAGAACCCUCAUGACAUUAUCGACGCCAUCAAUGAUGGUUCGAUUGACGUUCCAGAGAACUAG